AUGGAGGUUGUCAAUAAUCUCAAUCUCAAUGAAUCCCACGACAUGAGUGAUCCCGAUGAGGGCUUCUACCCAAUAAAGAGCAAGAAGCCUUACAGCAGAAACAGUGAAUACACGGAACGAACGGAACGUUGUUCUGACUUUUCGGAUUUCUCACCGGAAGGUUUGGGUGAAAUUGGGUUUGCCUUCAAGGAUAAUAAUAAUGAUUCUGCUCGCACUCGUUCUACUGCUUCUAAUUCUACUCGUCUCAGUCUAUCAGGUCGUUAUGACUUUGAUAUUCAGAACGAGAAUGAAGAACUCAAGUCGGAACUAAGCACUGUCAAGGCCGAGCGAGACUCGUUGAAGACGCAAGUCAGUGUCAUGAGCUUGGAAAUGGCGAGGCUGCGAGAGCAACUCCGAUUGAAGGCUCAAGAGAACAAGGCUGCUCCUGCGUCGGUUCAAGAACCUGUCGCCGCUGCUGCUACUGUUCCUGCUGUUGGAGAAACUAGCCAGCAACAAUCUCCUGCUGUCAAGCGAGGUAGCUUGUUGGGACGUAUCUUUAAACGCAAGACAUCCAAGCAGAAUCUCAUGGUGGAGGAUGACGAGGAACUUCCAUUGGAUAUUUCUCUUAUUCCAACCAACUCUGCUCCUGAGAGUCCCAAGAAACGUCGCAGCAUGCUGAAACGAAUCUUUAGUGGAAAGGGAAAGGAUUUGGAGUCCAUCGAUGCGGCAUCCGAAUUCGUGUCGGAUGCCGAUGGUCAAGAAACAAAUGAGCCUCAAGAAGAGCAAGAAGAAGGACAAGAAGGCACAGUUCAAUAUGUGGAUUGGAAGCGCGACCCUUUGCCGCAGGAUCAAGAAGAGCCUGCUCAAUUCUCUCGCGUUACCAUGGCCGGAUUCAUGAACAGCAUUUCCGAAGAAGAACCUGUUCAAGAUCUGGAAUGGAAGCGAGAUCCUUUGGAGGUCGUCAACCUGCCCAAGGUCCAGGAGGAAGACCCGGUGCAUGCCUUCACUUGGAAGCGCAUGUCCACCUUGUCGCAAGCCGUAAUGGACGAAGACAGUGAUAUGGACUCGGUCGAUGAGCCUUUGACACUAGAACCUACUUCUACUAUUAGCACGAUCGUGAGUGCUGAGGACAAGACCCAACAAGAACCGAUUCAUCAUAUUCAGUGGAAACGAGUGCCUGCUACUCUAAUCUUUCAAUGGAAACGCAUUCCUUCCACUCGUAGAGUGAUGACUAUUCCAGAAGACGAACCCGUUCAGUACAUCAAGUGGGAACGUGUACCGGUCAUUCCAACCAUUGACAUCAAGUGGGAACGAGUGCCGGUUACUCCAACUAUAAACAUCAAGUGGGAACGCAUUCCUUCCACUCGUGUGAUGGAUCCUGUCAUCGCCGAGGACGAAGCUGGUCAAGACAUCAAGUGGGAACGUGUCAGAUCCAUCCCCACCAUGCCCAAGGACGCCAAACCAGUACCAGAGAUCCAUUGGUACCGGGAACCUGCUAGGACACACACUGUGCAAUGGGCACGUGUUACUGCACCGGCUAGUCCGCAAAAACCCAAUAAGCCCAUUUUGAAGUCGGCCCUCAAGUCGGCUCUCAAAACGAAUAAGUUUAAUAAUAAGCCGAAGAGUGCCGUCAAGUCUGCUGGAUUCAGUACGGAUGAGCCUCCGUCUGCUGCUGCAUCUGCUGCUCCGAAGAAGAAGCGUGGAGUGAUGAUCCGCGAAUCCAUCAACGAAGUGAAUCGGGUGUCCAAGAUUCGGGGAUCGGCUUGGGAUAAUUGCUUUUUUACCGAAGAGGAAUUGGGGGAUUUCAAGUAUGCUGCGUUCUUGGAAGAGUGUGGGUUGACCGAGGAGGAUUUUUAA